UAUGGGAGGAUCUAAAUCUAAAUCUAUAAAGAAACAUACAAAAGUAGCAUUUACAGAUUAACAACUUGAAAUCCUUGAAGUAUAUUUUUGAAUUAUUGAAAUGUCAUGAUUCUAUGUGAGUAAACCAUCCUAAUCACAUAGAAAAGGAUUCCUGACAUAGAAAUGAAAGCUUACAAAAUUCCAUGAGAAUCCAGACUUUUCUGUUAAAUAAUAUAAUUGAAUGAGAGAAAGAUGAAAGAAUUAAUAAAUCUAUUAUACUAAUUUUGUCAUCACAUGUAAUUUAUAUGUUAAGUGGAACUCUUACUAAAAGAAUAAUAAGAAUAUUAUCUUAGUGAUUAUAAGUUUAGAGUACUUGAAACAUUUGAGUUAUUUGCUUUAAUUAGUUUAGGGUAUCUUAAGAAUCAAAAAGAAUCAAUAAAUAGGUAUUAAACUAUUAUAUAUUCUAGGAAAGUCUUGCUAUUAAAGAAUUAUUGAAUAUGUAUUAUUCUAAUCAAGACAUAAAAAACAGCUGAAGAAAUAUUUAGCAGCAAGAAGUGUUGCUAUUUCUACAUUUUAAUAAAAGUCAGCUAUUCCAUUCAACUAAUUUAUAGGUUUAGUAAAAUAGUAAUUGAUUUAUGCAAAUAAAAUGUGUAAAAAAUAUUUUACAAAGAAAUUCAUUAAUCCUUAUUUAAAUUAUGCAAUUCCGAAAUUAACUUCAUCUAGUUUUAUAUUAAAUGAUUAAGUACUUGCUUUAUUGCAAAUGAGUUCACCUGAUUUUAAUGGGAUAGUUAAAUAGAUUUAAAAUUCCCAUCAUCAGUUACUAAUGAUGAUUUAGAAUAAAUUACUGAAAUCAUAAUAGUCUCAUAAUAAUCAUUAUUAUUUUUGUUUAAGAAUAGAGAAGAUGAAACAUAAAAUGAUAAAUUUUAAUAGACUGUAUUGA